CUCAGUCGGCAGAGAACUCAAAGCUGCCUUGGGUCACACGCAGAGGCUGGAGCUGCAGAGGGGACAAGUACCUCUGUGCCUGGGUCUCACAGUUCCCUGUGACCCUCAAGGGUGGGAUUUCAGGGCACAGGUCAGCAGGGCUGUGCUCCUGAGACCCCUACCUCGUCUUGGCUGGGGUCUGGGUCUGGUGAGUUCCCGUGUGAGUUGGACCCACUGAGGCUGGUGCCUCCCUCUUACUCCCCUGAUACCCUAUGGGGUACAGCACAGUGUUUCCAGGUGUGCUGAGCUCAGAGGGGCCUGUCCCCUGCUUUCCCGAGAGCUGCCUGGGCAUGGCACGGAAGCCUCUGGUGUGAUGGGAGCCCCAGGACUGCCAGGGUUGGGGCGGUCCUAGCAGCAAACCCCAGAGGGUCUGGCCCGGACACAGCCUGGGACAGGUGCCCUUCACUCUGUCUUCUGGGUGCCAGCUUGUCACCAUCCCUCAGAGACGCACCAGGAGCCUGGCCUGCAGGAGGACCCCUGGCCGUAUGGGCACAGCAAUGGCAAAGGCGUGGAGCCCGCAGCCAGCACAAGCCGGACUGCCUGCUGAUGCUGGCCUACAAGGACAGGUCUGAGCGUACCAGGGGCCUCCGGGAACGCAGCAACCUGACCCUGGCGGACAUCUGUGGCCUGGAGCCUGGCCUGCCCUACGAGGGCCUGGCCCACACGCUGGCCAUUGUCUGCCUGUCCCAGACCGUCAUGCUGGGCUUUGACAGCCGUGAGACCAUGUGUGCUUGGGAUGCCCGCAUCCGCUAUGCACUCGGCGAAGUGCAUGGGUUCCACGUGACAGUGGCUCCAGGCACCAAGCUGGAGAGCGGCCCGGCUACCCUGCACCUCUGCAAUGACACCCUCGUCCUGGCCAAGGAUGUCCCUCCAGCUGUCAUGGGGCAAUGGAAGCUGUCAGACCUGCGACGCUACGGGGCUGUGCCCAGUGGGUUCAUUUUCGAAGGCGGGACCAGGUGUGGGUACUGGGCCGGUGUCUUCUUCCUGUCCUCAGCCAAGGGGGAGCAGAUCAGCUUCCUGAUAGACUGCGUUGUCCGAGGCGUCUCCCCGACCAGGGGCCCCUUUGGGCUGCAGCCAGUUCUCCCAGACCCGAGCCCAGGUGGGAACUUGGCUAUGGAGGAGCGCUUGGCCCAGGAGGCGCUGGAAGCCUUACAGCUGGAGAAGAGGCUCAGUACCCUCUCACAUGCGGGCCGGUCGGGCAGUGGAGGGGAUGACCGCAGCCUGUCCAGCUCCUCAUCUGAGGCCAGCCACUCGGACAUCAGCACCAGUGGCCGGCUGGCCACAUGGCCUGAGCAGUUCUCGUCCUUGGCCAGCAUAUCACAGGAGGGCCUGGGGCUAGCGGCUGCACAGGUCCCUGGAGAGGCUGUGCUGAGCACCUCCAGGCCACCCCCUAAGCCGCUGCGGCCACGGCAGCUGCAGGAAGUCGGCCGCCAGAGCUCCUCAGAUAGCGGCAUUGCCACAGGCAGCCACUCCUCGUACUCUGGCAGUUUCUCGUCCUACUCGGGCAGCAGCCUGGAUGUGUGGUGGGCUGGCGAGGACUUUGGCUCCCUGCUCAGCCUGCCACUGCCAGGGGCUGGGGCGCCCGAACCCAGCCUGUGCACCUGUCCACCUGGGGCAGCCGAGUACCAGGUGCCCACAUCUCAGCGACCGCACUACGACACACCCCGAAGCCUGCGCCCAGCACCUGGGGACCAGAGCCCGGCUUCCCGGGGAGGCCCUGACCAAGGUGCAGCUGUGGAGCUGGGCAGCCAGAUAUCUGGGGCCUGCCCUUCUGGUUGGCUGGGCACCAAACGGCAGGGACAGGUGACAGAAGCCCCAGGCAGCGAGGCCACACAGGCCAGCCCGGCCUCCGUCGAGCCCUGGGAAGCCAGCAGCCCCCAUGCUGGGCCAACUCUCGCUUUCUUUUCGGCCUGUCCACUCUGUGGAGGACUCAAGGGCGUGGCGGCCUCACCCCCAGGACUCAUCUCGGCACAGUCAGGACCCCCAGGGCCAGGGGCUCCCGAGAUACCCACUUACAUGAACAUCCCUGUCAGCCCCUCCUCCAGGCAGCAGCUGCACUACACGGGGCUGCAGCUCCAGCAGGGCGGAGCUGGCGUCCGAGCUGCCCACAGGGGCUGGCGCCUCCCACUACACACAGAUCGACAUCACGGCCACGGAGGCAGCGCAGCAGGCUGGGGCCCAGCACGCAUGGGAGCGGCUGUCAGAGCUGCAGCAGCACCGACGGGGCGCCCUGCAGUGAGGCCGCAGCUGGGCAGCUGAUGUCCGUCUUGAGGAGGAGUCUAGGCUGCAGGAGGCCCCGGCUCCCUGAGCAAUGAGAUGAAGGCUCCGGGCUGCGCCGCUCAUUCCAGUGAGAGGACCCAUGCUCAGGACCCCUCCUCGCCUGCUGGCCUCUGGGCCAACCAUCGCGUUCUUCAGGGGCCAUCUUUGGGUGUUACGUAGGCCGUGGCCGCCAGGGGAAUCUGGAGCGUAUGCAGAGGCCUGGCACGCAGCUGCCUCCCGUCCAGGUCUGAGAUGACAGCACGGGCAGGCCGUGUCCUAGAAAGUCUGCAGAUGUGGCAAGACUCCGGGGCAGAGCCAGGUCCCCACCCCAUAGACACACAGCCUCUGCCCGGUCCUGGGCCACGUGCCCUGCUCCACCCUGGCCCCAACCUCUCCAUGCCACUCUAGGGGUCCCACAUUUCGGGCCAUGGUGCCCUGGGCCUGGGGACUAAGGUGAUGGGAUGCAAGGCCUGUGGUCCCCUGGCAGUGCCCACGUGACCUGUGCCCAUGUGACCAUAUACAUAUAUACCUUUUAGAGAUAGGCUGGUCUUGGGCUCACUGUAUAGCCAGGCUGGCCUUGGACUUGCAGUGAUCCUCCUGCCUCAGCCUCCUGAGUGCUGGGAAUUACAGGUGUGCACCACCACUCCGGCUGCUUUCCUAGAUUUUUGCCCAAUUCUGUACUCUUACUUGGUUGCAAGUGUAUGGCCAUGGAGCGUGGCUGAGCCCCUGGGGCCAAUUCUGCAUUGGGGUGGGUAUAAGGUGACAGCUGAGCGUUUAUUCUCCUCUCGCUCAAGCUCGGGGCCGUGCGAGCUCUCAGAGUUGCAGCUGUGUGGAAACGCAGGCUCAGUGGCCCCAUGUACCCUGUGUCUCCGUCUUCUGUCAGGUUUCCUUCUCAGUGCUAUUGGGGCUGGGGACACCACUCCAUGGCACAGUGCCUGCCUGGCCAGCCCCAAGUCCUGAGUUCAAUUCCACUACCAAACCCCCUCAAACAAACAAAACCCCCAGAUGUUUCUCAAGAUUAGGGCCAGACAGACCUGCAAGGUUUGUCUCGAAGGUUGGUGCCCGCCCUGCCCAUACCCCACUGUGCUGCCAACUCACGGUCUGUGUUGCGCUCCCAGGUCUCCCCGGGGGACCCCGCACCCUGGCACAACCUCACUGCUGUCCAUUUGGGUCUCAUGCUGACCUGGGGGGCUCUGCAGGCCCCGCUGACACAAGAGCAAGGUUGGGUACAUGGGGUGGGGUGGGAGUGAAGAGCAUGACCAGGCCUAACGUGAUCUCGGUGCAGGCCUCGGCUGCUGGCCCCCACUCCCCUCCUCUCCCGGAUGUGCUUAGCCCUGUGCUGGCCCCUUUCCAGAGCAGCUCUGCAGUCCAAGGUGUGAUGAAACUUGGGAAGGCUGCUGCCCAGGCUGUGGCCGUGUGUGUAGCUGGCCUCUCCUGGUCAGUGACCAGGAAAGGGAAGUGCUAUGGGCUGAUCCAGACUCCGAGGCCGCCUGGGCAGCAGGACUGAAAUCACAAGUAGGAAGAGACACAGCUUCUCUGGAAGGGGCGAGGACGGGCUGAGUGCGGUCCUGGUGAAGAGGACGAUUUUGAGGGGGACUCAGCCGCAUGUCACUGUACUUCCUACCAUCCUCCUCUCUCACUGGAUUAGGCUUUUCCCUGCAAGGCAGUUUCUCCACUCCUGCUUAACUGCAAAGCGGCUAACCCUGCCGGGCCUUUCCUGGAGGCCUCCGACCUGCCCUACCCACGGCGCCUCCCUUCCGGCCGGUCCCCUCUUCUUUCUCCUGUUUUAAGGAGCAUUUUCUCCAGCAGCAACUGAAGAAAGGGGCAAACCGGAGACUCAUGUUGUGGAAUGCGGUCUAUCCCUUCCCGCGGAAGCACUGGUGCUGGGUGCAGAGUCUGGGGUGCAGGGGAGUCCCGCCAACUGCCACUGCGACAGCUGGUCCCCUCUGCUCCCCAGCUCAGCUCUCACCACGGCUGUGCUCACGGUGCCCACAGUUCAGCACCCUGGAAGCUCCCCCGUUGUUACAAAAGUUUCGGGGACUCCUGGGUAGCUUCCCCACUCCCCGUCUCUCUGGAGCCCUACUCUUCAAACUGCCGCCCCAUGCAUUCUUCAGUACUGAGCAUCAAAUCCAGGGGACCCCUGCCACUACACUGCAUUCUCCGCCCUUUAAAAACUUUUAUCUCGUUUUACCAUAUGCUGGGACAAAUUCCCGUGAUCAAUGUGAUCACAGUGCAGACCUCCAAUGUACCAAGGACUUCACUGAUUAAAGACAUUUCUUCCUGAGGCACGCGCCCAGGCUGGCCUUGGA